AUGGACUACCAGAACCGCGCGGGCAACAAGGGUGCGGGUAUUGCAAGCGCCGAUGAGGCGGCGAUCGACAGGCGUGAGCGCUUGCGCCGCCUCGCCAUGGAGACGAUUGACCUCAGCAAGGACCCAUACAUCCUGCGGAACCACCUCGGCACGAUCGAAUGUCGCCUGUGCUUGACGAUGCAUGCCAACGAGGGCUCGUACCUCUCGCAUACCCAGGGAAAGAAGCAUCAGACCAACCUGCAGCGCCGCGCCGCCCUCGAGGCGCGCUCGAAUGAUGCCGACGCCAAGGCUACGACGGCGCUGCUUGCGCCGGUGCCCGAGAUGCCGAAAAAGACGUUUGUCAAGAUUGGGCGGCCGGGCUACAAGAUCACCAAGAUCCGUGAGCCCCUCCUCCCCCCUGCGGAGGCGGACGAGGACGAGGCGACGCGGCAGCACCGCGUGAGCACGAGCGGCCGCGUCGGGCUGCUGUUCGAGGUAAGCCUGCCGGAGAUCAAGGCGGAGGUCCUCCCGCUCCACCGCUUCAUGAGCAGCUUUGAGCAGCGCAAGGAAGCGCCGAACCGCGCAUGGCAGUAUCUGCUCGUCGCCGCCGAGCCGUACGAAACCAUCGCGUUCAAGCUGCAGUCGCGCGAAAUCGACCGCUCUCACACCCUCACCGUCCCUGGCGUGCCGCUGCCCGAGCAGCGCGACGAGCCGGCGACGUGGAGCCACUGGGACCCCGUCCACAAGACCUAUACCAUCCAAGUGCUUUUCCGGCCGCUGCCGGGUGUACAGUAG